GUCAAUGUACGGAGUGUCUUGUAUCCGUCUGUACCGUGUCUAGUAUCCGUGGCGUUCAUGAACAAGUCAGUGUUACAGGCUCUGCCACAGUUGUUGUGGCUUGUUGAUUAUUUGGUUGUUACCUGGUACAGCACUUCAAGGCAAAGUGACAUCCCUACAGUGGGUGAAGGAUGGCAUCAAAAUUACCAGUUGUGUCUGGAAUAUAUAAUUAUGCACGGCUAGCAACAAACACAACCAAUUAUGCCAAGCGUAUGAACCGCCUCAGCAAUCACAUCUUUGGGGAGGUCGUUCGACCGACUGCUGCUCCGUCAAUGCGUGUGGUAAAAAUGUUCAGUGAGAAACCACUAGACCUACGGCCUGAGAUUACAGACUACUACCCUCGUCAUAAUGAAACUUAUAUUUUAAUGAAAAAUCUCAGAAAGUAUGGAUUGUAUCGAGAUGAACACCAAGAUUUUAAGGAAGAAAUGAAAAGAUUAAAAAUUCUGCGUGGAAAAGGAAAACCAAAGAAGGGAGAGGGUAAAAGAGCUAAAAAGUAAAGUUACUGUUUGUAUAAUUAUAUAAAAACCAUGAAUGUAUUUUGUAAACUGACUUGUAAAUAAAACUUAACAGUUAA